AUGAACAUCUUUAAUUACGAACCUUCGCCCAAAAAAAAGAUACGGCCUUCGCUUCCACCAUCGCCCACCGCGCUUGCUUCACCCCAGUCGCUGCCUCCGGCUUCUCCACCACCGUUGCCACCUCCAGCUGACUCCACCGCCGUCGCCCAUCACAUAUCAUUACAGUGGGGAAAUUUGGGGUUUUCAAUGAAGACUGAAAGUGGCUGCUAUUGGAGAGCCUUUGGUGCUCUGUUGCAGCGAAGAAGACAACUUCUGGUUUCAGUUUAUUUAUCAGAAGACAUUGGCCUCAUGUAACUGCUGUUUCUUCUGUUCGUUAUCUAGGUUACGCUCCUGGUCUAUUAAUGGUAGGAAUCUUCACCACUCUAAUGGUGUGAUGAUUUGGGUGAAAAGAGUGAAAGGACACAGUUUAGAGAACCAAAGGUUCUAGAGUCGUUUAUUGAAGAUGACAUUACAGAGAGAAACUAAUUUCUGUGUUCAUGGUGAGGAAGAUGAACAGGUCAGAACCCAUGAAAAUGAAGUCGAUGAAAUGGAAAGAGUUAUUGUGAAGUAUAAUAUGUACACAUGUUUGAUAUUUUUUAAGUUUAUACGUAACAAAAAAAUCUAGGGGUAAAAGUAUUUUUUUUAGUGAUAAGGGGUAAGAUGUAAAGUUUGGUAAAAUAGGAAAAA